UAAAUGGGAUGGGGGAGGAAGAGGGUGAAGGACACGUUCUCCUUCGGCUGUCAGCAAAUGUCAACGCAUCUGUCCUAAAACGCCACGCCCUCCAUUUAUAACCUAACCGUCUAUCUCUUUCACAUCCCUUCCCGUUUUAGACCAAACUCCACAGAGAGAGAGAGAGAGUCUUGUGUAGAAGAUGAAGCUUGUCUGGUCGCCGGAAACAGCAUCCAAAGCCUACAUCGAUACCGUCAAAUCAUGUAAGAGCUUCAUAGAAUCAGGCGUGGCUGAGUUCCUGUCCGCUACAGCCGCCGGUUGGAACGCCAGACUGAUCGUCGAGACGUGGACACGUGGCGACCCCAUCGCCACGAGCGUCGGCCUCGCCGUCGCCGCCAAGCACACGCGCGGCCGCCACGUGUGCAUCGUCCCCGACGAGCAGUCACGCUCGGAUUACGUGGCGGCCAUUAGGGGCGCCGUGACGGCGGAGACGACUGAGGUGAUCGUCGGUGACCCGUUGGACGAGGCGGUGGAGGGAUUCUCCGGCGUUGACUUCAUGGUCGUUGACUCCAAGCGGCGGGAGUUCGUGAGGGCGCUGAGGGCGGCGAAUCUGAGCAACAUGGGUGCCGUUUUAGUGUGUAAAAACGCCACGCAGAGAUCUGUCUCCGGGUUCAGAUGGCAGGGAGUGCUUGGGGAAGGGACACGUGUCGUGAGAUCAGUGUUCUUGCCUGUCGGGAAUGGAUUGGAUAUAGUACACGUGGGGGCCAGCGGUGGUCUGCGUGUUAAAAUGAGGAAGCGUCCUAGCCGUUGGAUUAAACAUGUGGAUCAACGAUCAGGAGAGGAGCACUUCUUGUUCACGCGCUAAUUGAAGAAGAUAUCAUAUCGCCCUUUCUCGCGUUACUGCUCUCCCCGUUUUGCCCUUGAACGCCUUCUGUUCUUGUCUUGUGUGUGGUUGCUUACCAUAGGACAAAUAAGAAUGUAAAUACGACACGACAUCCUAUAACUAUAAUGUUAUAACUUGCUCUAAACAAAAUCUUACCCAUGUGUAAAUUUAGUAAAAACAUACAAGUUUCGUGA